CAGAGCACACACGGAGCAACAAGAUGGCAGCCAACAUGUACCGGGUCGGAGACUAUGUCUACUUCGAGAAUUCAUCGAGCAACCCUUUCCUAAUCCGAAGGAUAGAGGAACUGAACAAGACUGCGAAUGGAAAUGUCGAGGCAAAAGUGGUUUGUUUCUACAGAAGGCGGGACAUCCCGAGCACCCUUAUUGGACUCGCAGACAAACACGCAAGUAAGUUUUGGGGGCGUGAAUCCCUUUUAAUCAACAAUAGCAACACAUCACAUUUACACACGGUCGAAGAGGAGGGUCUUGAGUCCAGCCUUGGAGGAGGCAACCAGCCGGAGUCAGCCGAGUGGAGGCAGCAGCAGUUCCUCCCGAGCCUCCGUUCAGACACUUGUACACCGAUCUGCAACAAAAAUCCGUCGUCCUAG